AAAGCACCAAACCACUUCCUCAAAGCAAGCAUAUCCAAGCCAAACACUCCCUCGAAGAAUCACCUUCUCCACGCUCCACCAUGGAGACCCUCAAAAAUACAAUCACCCUAUCCCUCCUCCACUCCAUCUUCGAGCUCAUGAUCCCCUGGCCCAAAUCCACACCCCCAACCGGCCCCCUCUGGGCCUCAAACAACGCAGCAGCCACAAACCCCAUCUGGCACACCCUCUGCUGGCCCUCCCUCCUCGCCCUCUCCACCACCCUCCCCCACAAUCCCCCCGCAGACCUCACCCCCCUCCUCCCACCACCCUCCUCCUCUUCCUUCCCCGAAACCGCAACAGGCCUCAUCAUCCUCCUCGACCAAGCCCCCCGAUACCUCUGCACCGGCCCCAACGAGCGCUGGCGCAACGCCUUCUUCGACCCCCUCGCCCUCACCCUCCGCCUCCACCUCGCCGCCCUCCCGCCCACGCAUCGUCUCGACACGCCCCAGCGCUGGCUCGACCAAGGCUACUCCUUCGAGCACUGGGUCAUCAUCGCCACGUUCCUCGCCGCGCCAUACGCACACAGCGAGGAUCGCGCCGUGCAUCAUACGUACAUGCAGCCCGCCGUCGCCGAUCUGCGAGCACGUGUCGAGGCGCGUUUCGGCGUCGAGGACGCGCUUUUCCAGGCGCAGGUUGCGCGUGGGGACUUGUUGCGGGAGUCGGGAGAUGUGUAUGCGUUUGCGCGGAUUGCGAAGGGUGGGUGGCCUGCUGCUGGGGGGUUGGCGGAGAGAGCGUUUCAUUUUUGUUGGUUGUUGGAUGCGCAUGAGCCGAUUGUUGAGCGGUUUGGUCGGUAUCCGUAUCGGAAUCGGGCGUUGGGGAGGGGGGAUGCGGAGGGGGAGAGGGAGUUUUUGGUGGAGACUGGGGGGUUUGGGACGAGUGUUACGGAGGAGGAUGCGGUGGUUAUUAAGGAGGAUGUGGAGAGGGGGGUUUGGAGGGCGUUGGAGUGGAUGGAGUAGGAUUAGCUUGGAAGAAGGGUGUGCGGUUGGAGUAUGAUGUGGUUUGUAGGUAUGUUGGCUAUUUAGUUCGGAACACGCUGACCUUCAACUGACAACAUGCUCGAAUUUCCUUGUAAUGGCUCCCUCAACC